AUGGCGAUCUGUCGAGUCGGCACUACGAGAACUUCAAGAUUUUCGUCCAGUGCAAUUCGUUUUGCGAAUCGACCUCAGGGUAUCGGCCGGACCCAGGGUAAAGGGAGGAGGACCCAGGGUAUCGGCAGGACCCAGGCUAUAUCGGCUGGUCCCAGGUCAUCCCAAUGGAAAGAAGAAGAAGAAGAAGAAGAGGAGAAGGAGGGGGAGGAGGAGGAGGAGGAGAAGGAAGAGGAGGCGGAGAAGAAGAAGAAGAAAAGAAGAGGAGCAGGAGGAGGAGGAGGAGAAGGAGGACGAGGCGGAGAAGAGGAGGGGGAGGAGGAGGAGGAGGAGGAGAAGGAAGAGGAGGCGGAGAAGAAGAAGAAGAAGAAGAAGAAGAAGAAGAAGAAGAAGAGGAGAGGAGGAGGAGGAGGAGAAGGAGGACGAGGCGGAGAAGAGGAGGGGGAGGAGAAGGAGGAGGAGGAGGCGGAGAAGGAGGAGGAGGAAGAGGAGGUGCCCAGCAGCGAUGAGUUAUUGGGUGCCCAAGAAAGAGGGGCACAUGGUAUACCCAAUCAGCAAAUCGGGUUGGACAUUCAGGUGCCCAGCAGUGAUGAGUGUCUGGGUAUUGAAUCAUGGGUGCCCAAGAAAGAGGGGUACAUGGUAUAA